ACAGCGGAUAUUCCUCAAUUCUGACCAACCAAACAGUCUGGAAUUCUUGUGGGCUGGGGCUUUUGUGCUGUGGGUCGGAGCAAAGUUGGAUCAACGAGCGACGUUACCGUGCUCAGAUUACACUUAUCUGAAGUCGGGUGGAGUCCAUGCGGAAUUUGAGGAGAACGGAUUUGCCAUUUAAAAGCUAGCUAAUUCAUAGAUUUACGAACUAUUCAACGUUGCAAUUGACAUCAUGACGACCACUACCACCUUUCAAGGAUUGGAACCUGGUUCAAAAAGUAGUUCCAGGGUGUUGCGACCUCCCGGUGGAGCCUCGAACAUAUGCUUUGGCACAGACGAGGAGAAACCUGCCCGAAAGAAUAAGAUGGCCUCCAACAUCUUUGCUGAACCGGAUGACCCCCACGCUCACCGCAGGAACAACCCACCUGGAGGGGAGGCCAGUGGUGUUCUGUGUGGUGAACCGUCCGCUCCGCUGAGGCGCUGCCCCCAAGCACCCAUCUACACCGAGCUGGCACCACCACCGGCACCUGAGCCCGAACCCUCGCCCUCCCGAAACAACAUCCAGGUUGAAGAUCAGCAGCAGCCUAAUGAUGCAGAGGACGACCAGCAUGAGGAGGCCUCCGAGCGCUCUGCCCCCCCUGCACCAGCUGGGACUCCUGGCGGCAGGAGAAACCCUCCCGGCGGGAAGUCCUCCGUCAUCCUGGGUUGAGGGAUUCCCACCAGACUCUUGUUUUUUCUUUUUCUUUGUUUGUUUGUUUCAUUUAUUUUUUUAUCAUCUUUUGAAUUUUUUUAAAGAAUCGCCAUGCUUUUUUUUUCCCCCCCAGCUCACCCUCGAGCUCCGGGGAUGUGAUUGUCCUGCACUCUGUUUUCACAUUUUUUCUAUCAAAACAAAAAGAGAAAAAAAAAGAGCAGAACAGAACGUUGACAUGCACUUUAUGUUUGUCCUCCCCGCCAGUCAGCUCGUCCUGCGCAGCACAGUGCGUCCAGCUGCAGGUUGAGCUCCUCUCAGCCUGCCCCGUGCGAACGGAUUCAAGAAAGACAAAAAAUUUGUUGCGCAAAAUUUCUAAAUACAAUAAAGAUUGAUUAUAAAAUUG